AUGAGCAGUUUCAAGUUCGACACCGAGUUCUAUGGUGUUAUGAAGGCACAGCUCGAAGGCCCUACGCCGCCUCAGCCUCAGGACGCCUACCGAGUCCGGGAAACCAGCACAGUCUUCCUCAAAGCCAUCGCCAAGGCAUUCCCUGCCGUCGAGGGCAUCGAGGAACAAGUCUUUAGCACCACAAGCUAUGACGGGGUCGUUGUCAAGGUAACUCGUUUUGCGUCUCAAUCCGCCAUCGAGUCGAAAACUCCGCUCCCUGCAGUCCUCUGGAUCCAUGGCGGAGGCAUGGUGUCGGGCACCGUCACCAUCUAUGCACGAAUCACUGCCUAUCUGGCCGAGCAGCUUGGAUACCCCGUCUUUGCUGUUGAGUACCGCUACACGCCCGAGUAUUCUGCAAAGGAGAGCUUGGAGGACUGCUAUGCCGCGCUGGCUUGGCUGUCUAAGAAUGCCAAAGAGGUCAACGUCGAUGCGGCCAAACUUUCGGUCAUGGGUGACAGUGCAGGAGGACUCAUGUCUGCGAGCACUGCGCUGAAUGCGCGAGACCGCAAGCUUAACCCGCCUCUGGCAAAGCAAGUUUUGAUUUAUCCUACCCUCGAUGAUCGUACACCGAGCACAGAUAAUGACCCUCGCAAGGACUUGUUGCUGUGGACAGAAAGAAGCACUGUGAUUGUCUGGGAUGCAUAUUUGGCCAGAGGUCAAUACGAGAAAAAGGAUGUCGAAAUCCCCCAGAACGCUAUUCCAGCACGCGUGGAGGAUCUGAGUGGGCUCCCAUUAACAUAUGUUGAUUGUGGUACGGUUGAUUUGUUCUUGGAAGAGAAUCUCACCUAUGUUAAGAGGCUUAUCAAAGCUGGGGUUGAUGUUGAGCUGCACGUUCAACCUGGCCUUCCUCAUGGCUGGGAGCUGGCAGGUACUAGUAUUGGUUGGUUCAAGGCUGCUCUGGAAACUCGGAUCAAUUUCAUCAAGCGUGAUUUUUAG